CUUUAAUCGUGUAGUCAUCCCACAAGUUUACGAGGAAGUGCCGACGUUUGCAGAUGCGUUGCAACUUCGAUUGAUUAAAACUCGACCCCUCAUCUUCAUUUGUCUUGGACCUAGCCGAUUUGAGCAUGUUACUGCCAGCGGAAUACAGCUGAUGAAAGAAAGGCAAACACUCGUCCCAAAAUGGGUGUGUCCUCUGCGAUAAAGCCAAGGCUGCAGUAGACUGCAGUGGAGGACGUGACCAGGAUGCGAAGGACGAGCUCCGCCUCUUGAUGCACUGGCCUUCUUCGCCCAGGAUUCGUGCUGUAAGCAUUCAGAGAAAGUGAGUCAUUGCGGGUUUUGGGUGUUGCCCCACCCCACUCGAUAUGGAGCCAAAGAAAUCCUCAGUUUGGGGGAACCUGCGCCAGAGGGCCAAGCCUCUGUUCCAGGGCACGCUGAGGUCCAAGAAGGGCUCAGACAAGCAGUCGAUGAGGAAGAAGGGCUUUCUGCAUCACAGGCUGAGCUCGUCCGUGCCCGACGUGAGGGACCCGCCCACGUCUUUGGCCACGCCCCCGGCCGAACCGGACUCGGCGCUCCCCGGCGGGAGCGGUUUGCAGGUGGGCUCCGCCCACGCGCACAGACUGAGCAUGCCCUCUCCAGACGCUGCGGACAGGGUCUCCCUGGAUUCCGUGGGCAGCGGCCCCUCGGACAAGUCAGCCCUCUCACGCGGGAGGCCCGAACCCGGGCCCGGGGAGCGGGACGAGGGACCGGACCCCGGCGAAAUGUCGCUCCCACUGCCGUCGUGGGAUAUACCUACUGUGGAAAUACAGGAGGACAGGAGUGAGUAUGUUGACAAUAAUGAGCUGGACAGCCAUUCAGUGCAGGACAUGGGGGAGAGCAAUGCCUUGGAUGUGGGAGUUGCUGUGACUCAGAGGAGCUUCUACUUGCUCACCAUCACCUUGAGGGAGGGCCGAAAGCUGGUGAUCAGGGACCGCUGCGGAACGAGUGACCCAUAUGUCAAAUUCAAAUUAGAAGGAAAGACUGUUUACAAAAGCAAAGUGAUCUCGAAAAACCUGAACCCCAUCUGGAAUGAGUCCUUCUCCCUUCCCAUGCGCAGUCUGGAGCAGAAGCUGCUGGUAAAGGUGUACGACCGCGACCUGACCAAAGAUGACUUUAUGGGGUCCGCAUGUAUGAACCUGAGCGACCUUGAGCUGGACAAAACCUGCGAGAUGGUGCUCCAGCUGGAUGAUCCAAACAGCCUGGAGGAAGACAUGGGCGUGGUGGUGAUUGACACCUGCCUGUCACUCAGAGACGGGGAAAGCGGGCAUCUUAAGUCAUCCAAACUGAAGAAGAGCAUAAGGGCAGGGGCGUCGCCGCAGAGCCGGCGUCUGUUCGAGGCGCACAGGAAGAGCCAGCUGUGGAGCGCGGUGGUGGGAGUGACCCUGGUGGAGGGGCGGGACCUGCCCGAGGAUGGCCCGGGGGAAGUGUUUGUGCGCUGCAGGCUGGGCGACCAGAAGUACAAGAGCAAGGCUCUGUGCAAAAAGGCCAACCCUCAGUGGAGAGAGAGGUUUGACUUCAACCACUUCCAGAACGGGCCGGACAUCCUGGAGUUUGAGGUGUGCACCAAGGAGGGGCGCAAAUAUGAGCACUGUUUUGGAAUGUGUGAGGUGGAUCUCUCGCAGGUCCCUGCAAACAAGCAGAAGCUCUUCACUCCAGUGCUGGAUCAUGGGUGUGCCAAGCUGGUGUUCCUUAUUACCGUGUCACCCUGCAGCGGGGUGUCCAUCUCCGACAUGUGCGCCCCCCCGCUAGAGGAACCCGAGGAGAGAGAAAACACACUGAACAGAUACUGUUGGAAGAACUCCUUUAAAAAUGUCCGGGAUGUGGGAUUCCUCCAGGCCAAGGUCAUCCGGGCCGCCGACCUCAUUGCGGCCGAUCUUAACGGGAAGAGUGACCCUUUCUGCGUCUUGGAGUUGGGGAACGACAGACUGCAGACCCACACCAUCUACAAAACUCGCCACCCGGAGUGGAACAAAGUCUUUACCUUCCCACUUAAAGACAUCCAUGAUGUGCUGGAGGUGACUGUUUUUGAUGAAGAUGGAGACAAAGCACCAGAUUUCCUAGGGAAGGUGGCCAUUCCUUUGCUCUCUGUGCAUAAUGGCCAGCAGGUGUCAUACAUGCUGAGAAAGGAGGACCUUCAGGGACUGUCCAAAGGGACCAUAUCCCUGGAGCUGGAGGUCGUUUUUAACCCAGUCAGAGCCAGCAUCAGGACCUUCAAACCAAAGGAGAUGAAAUUCAUCGAGGACAACCCCAAGUUUUCCAAAAAGAUCUUAGCGCGCAAUGUGCUUCGCGUCCGGGCGAUCACCAGAGCGCUGCUGUAUACUUUACAGUACAUUAAAAGCUGCUUUCAAUGGGAGAGCACGCAGAGGACAGUCAUCGCCUUCUCGAUCUUUGUCUUCACGGUGUGGCACUGGGAGUUGUACAUGCUGCCACUGCUGCUCCUCUUCCUCAUGGCCUGGAACUAUGUGAAGGUGGUCUAUGGGAAGGACAGCCAAAGUCAAGAUCUGGAUAACAUAGGUUAUGAUGAAGAUGAAGACGAAGAUGAGAAGGAGUCUGAGAAAAAAGGGCUGAUGGAAAAGAUCCACAUGGUCCAAGAAAUUGUCAUCACCGUUCAGAACAUUCUGGAAGAAAUUGCAUGCUUUGGGGAAAGAGUUAAGAACACGUUUAACUGGUCAGUGCCCUUCCUGUCCACCCUCGCCUGCUUGAUUUUCACUGUGGCCACAGUAUUGAGUUACUUCAUCCCACUACGCUACAUUGUCCUAAUAUGGGGCAUCAACAAGUUUACCAAGAAGCUGCGCAAUCCGUACGCCAUUGACAACAACGAGGUUAUGGACUUCCUCGGGAGGGUUCCCUCCGAUGUCCAGAAGGUGCAGUACGGCGAACUGAGGGUGGCCAGCGGCCAGACGCCACUCAGGAGGAAGCCUCGCGCUCCAUAGGUGGGGUCGGGUGGGGGGGGGGAGAGGGGGGGCGGGAGUAUCUGCUGACCGUCUGUAUCCCCUGAAUGCUGCAUUUUGCACCCGUUAUACUCAUGUGAGACUGUCACCUCGAUGAUGCUGGCCGGUGGUGAAGGAGGAGGAGGCAUUUUGGAACAGCAAGCCCACCCGCCACGCCGAAGACCUAUCAGUCAUGAAAAUGAACGCACAAACAGGAGGCUGCACAUUUCGGGCCUUAUAAGUAGUUUAGGAGCCAGAGGGCCAGGCGAACUGCUGACCGUUCUACCCCUCUCAUAAGCGCCACUGUAGAUGCCUAUACCUGCCACGUGAGCUGAUUUAUAAAUGAGAAGCCACAUAUUGGAGGCAACCAAAAUGGGGCCCUGCGGAACCGACAGCAAUGCUGUCAAAGCAAAGCCUGUAGUUUGCAGCAGUAACCACUCGCACUGCUUCCCUCUGGUAGUUUUAUUGGUUUUAUGAAAUACUGAUUGCUUUGACAUAAUGGAAUGAAUGUCUUAUUUUUUUCUGCCAAACAGAAAAAGAAAUAACUGCCACGACACAAGUUUAUGUAUAAUUUAUUGAAGAGUUUAGAAACUGUCCUUUCUAUUGAGUAGCUACAGUAUGUUAGCAUACUUGAUUAAACUGCUAUUUCACUGUGUUUAGUGGGAGUUUUCUUAUUUAGUUUAUCUAUUUAUUAAGCCAAAAGCAUAUCAGUUGGUGGCACAACAAGAAACUGAAUCUUGUCCAAAAGUAGCAUGGUGGAACUGUCAUUGAUUUCCAUAAAAUUUUACUUUAAAGACUCUUGAAUAUAUAUCAUUUUAAUCAAAGUGUACUAUUGGUUUUCUGUGGUUUUUUGAAUGGGAGGAUAUUUUUUAUAAAUGAAUACAUUUCUUGCACAACUCCGUUUUUAUGGAAAGCAGUGGAGGUGCUUAACAUCCAAGAUUUUACUGAUAAGGUGAAUUUCUAUUCACAGUUCUGUAAUUCAUGUAACAUUUGUAAUUUUCUGGUUUUAAGAUGGUGGAGACAGUAAAAUAGCAGUAAUUUAAUGAUGAUAACUGUAAUUAUCAUCAUUAUAUUAUGUUUCCAGGUAUGGUAUGGUAUGAUUGUGUCAUUGGAUGUUACACUCUUUAUCAUUUCAGGUCAAACACCAUUUAAAGAUACUUGUACACUCAUCUUAAGGGUUAAGAUUGUUGUGUAUUUUCUCUGCUCAACACAAAAUAAAUGUAUUUAUUUUUAA